AUGGUCCUCCCAGCCAUCAGAGUCGCCCCGUCGGCGGCAACGAAGGCCUUCAACCUGCUCCGGACGGUCCAGUACACCCAUCCCCCCAGCUGUCCAUGCCACUCGAACCCGUCUCACCACCAUCACCACCAGCCGAGCCAGAUCUCUGCAGUCGCUAAGCAUGUCCGCAACUUUGCAUCGCCCAUUGACGACUCGCAGCAGAAGGAGUACGCCUUCGAGGUGGCUGCGUCGAGCAUACGGUUCGGGCCGGGAGCCACCAGAGAGGUCGGCAUGGACUUCAAGAACCUGGGUGCUAAGCGGGUGUGCAUUGUCACGGAUAAGAAUGUAGCCAAGUUGAAUGCCAUGAAGCAGGCCGUGGAGGGAUUGAGCAAGGAGGGAAUAGAAUUCACCGUCUAUGAUAACGUGAGAGUUGAGCCGAAGGAUUACUCGAUCAAGGAUGCUAUUGCCUUUGCGAAGCCUUAUAAUGCGGAUGCUUUCCUUGCUGUUGGCGGAGGAUCGGUCAUUGAUACCUGCAAACUGAUGAACCUCUACUGCGUCUAUCCCGAGGCCGAUUUCCUUGACUUUGUGAACGCACCCCUAGGGAAGGGAUUGCCCAUUGCCAGGACCCUCAAGCCGCUCAUCGCCAUCCCAACCACCGCGGGCACAGGAGCAGAAACCACCGGCACGGCCAUCUUCGACCUGACCGACAAGAAGGCCAAAACCGGAGUAGCACACCGAAACAUGAAGCCGACGCUGGGCAUCUGUGACCCUCUCAAUACUCGAACCAUGCCGCCAGCGGUUCACGCUUCCUCGGGGCUGGACGUCCUAUGCCAUUCCCUGGAGUCAUGGACAGCUAUUCCAUACAACGAACGCACCCCUCGGCCUACAAAUCCUAUCAAUCGGCCAGCAUAUCAAGGCGCCAAUCCCAUCUCAGACAUAUUCUCCCUCCAGUCCCUUCGAAGUACGGUCAAAUACCUCCCUCGCGCCGUAAGGGACCCAGAAGACCAUGAGGCCCAGAGCCAGAUGCUUCUCGCUGCGACACUGGCCGGUGUAGGCUUCGGCAAUGCCGGUGUUCAUCUAUGCCAUGGCAUGAGCUAUCCUGUCUCGGGACAAAACCCGGGCUAUAAACAUAAAGGAUACGAGGUAGACCACGACAUCAUCCCUCACGGAGUAUCAGUUGCAGUUACCGCUCCAGCCGUCUUCCGCUUCACGGCCGCUAGUAACCCAGACCGCCAUCUGGCUGCGGCAGAGGUAUUCGGGGUAGACAUUUCGAAUGUCAAGCGAGAGAGCGCCGGAGAGGUACUGGGUGAAGCCAUUGCCGAGUUUUUGAUCGGGCUCGGUGACCAGCCCAGAGGGCUAAAGGAUCUAGGUUUCAACAGCUCGCAUCUCGACAUGUUGAUUGAAGGCACCAUUCCGCAGCAGAGAGUGCUCAGUUUGGCUCCCAAUCUCAGCAAAGAACUCGAGGGGGAGAAGGAACAGUUGCGGAAGCUGUUCGAAGACUCGAUGGAAUACUAA